AUGGCCGCAGCCGUGGAACAACAGCCAGGCCCAGCGGCGCAUGGCGUAUACCAAGACACGUCUGAUUCACCCGUGCCCAGUCUUUUCGCGCAACCUCCUGUGAUUCGCGAUGCGCUGGAGACGGACUCAUCUCACAUCCAGGAUGAAACCGUCGAGGAGGUUCUGCCCUUCCUGACUGGCAAGGAACACCGCUACCUCAACUCCCAUGGCAUCCCUCGCCUGGACAAGGAACGGCAUGCAAGGUUCCUAACAAAGCAGCUAGGAGUGCUGCCGAGCGCGUACGUGGGAGCGGAUCCAAGCCGGCCGUGGAUAUUCUACUGGUGCCUGAAUGCCCUGUCUCUCCUUGGUGAGGAUGUUGAGCCUUAUCGCGCCAAGCUGGUCGAGACAGUGCGUCCGAUACAAAACGAAACAGGUGGAUUCGGAGGGGGUUUUGGCCAGGCCUCACACCUCGCCACCACGUAUGCAGUUGUUCUUGCGUUGGCACUGGUUGGUGGGGACGAAGCGUUCGAGGUGGUUGACAGGAGAAGCAUGUGGAAGUGGUUGUGCCAACUAAAGCAGCCGGACGGUGGGUUCCAGAUGGCUGUCGGGGGCGAGGAGGAUGUCCGGGGGGCCUACUGUGCGGCUGUUGUGGUUUCGUUGCUCAACUUGCCCUUGAACCUGUCGCCCGAAUCUCCUGCGUAUGCCGCUGGCCAUACUGAUCUCUUUAGUGGGCUGGGUGAAUGGGUACGGCUGUGCCAGACGUACGAGGGAGGCGUGUCAGCAAAGCACGGGAUCGAGGCGCAUGGCGCAUACGCCUUUUGUGCUCUAGGAUGUCUCUCAAUUAUUGAUUCCCCACACCGAAGCGUUAGACGGUACAUGGAUGUGCCACGUCUUAUCUCUUGGCUCUCAUCUCGCCAGUAUGCUCCAGAAGGUGGCUUUUCAGGCCGCACGAACAAGCUUGUCGACGGCUGUUAUAGCCACUGGGUUGGCGGAUGUUGGCCCCUGAUCGAGGCCACCACCGAUGCAGACGACAGCUUGUUCAGCCGAAAUGGUUUGAUUCGAUACAUCCUUUGCUGCUGUCAAGACAUGUCUAAGAGGGGUGGACUGAGGGACAAACCUAGCAAGUACUCGGACGCGUACCACUCAUGCUACGUUCUAUCUGGCCUCAGCUCCGCACAAACCAAGUGGCGUUUGGUUGCCUCUCGUGCCGAUGAAACCCUUCUUGGAGACGAUCGCUGGGAGGCGUCACCUCACACGAAUGGAGUCCAAAUCUUUGACGAAGAAGACCGGAUUGCGACCACCCAUCCCGUCUAUGCAAUUCCUCAACACAGAGUCGACGAGAUUCGAAAUUACUUCUUGUCGAAGGAGAGCUUCUAA